AUGGCACUAGAAGAUAUCCUUUCUUUUCUAAAACAUACUGAAAGGAAUUCUUUAAAACUUAUUUGUAAAUGGGGUUGUGACGGAUCCCAACAAGCUCAAUAUAAACAAAAAAUUGACGAUGACGCUGCCUUAGACGCAAAUAUAUUCCCAAGCUCUUUUGUACCACUUCAAAUAUAUUGCGGCCAACAACGCAAAAAAAUAAAUUGGCAAAACCCAAUACCCUCAUCCCCUAGAUAUUGCAGACAUAUACGAUUUAGGUUUGUCAAAGAAUCUACUUACGUAACAAAGGAAGAAAUCAGUUACGUUGAAAAGUCUAGUAAGCAAUUAACACCUACUCAAGUAAGUUUGCAUGGUAGUACAUUUACGUUUGAACAUAUCUUUAAGAUGACGAUGAUCGAUGGCAAGGUGUGCAACAUGGCAACCGGUACAAAAUCAACAAGUCGGUGUUAUAUAUGUGGAGCAACAUCUAAAGAUUUUAACAAUCUGACCCAAAAGUUUAAUACAACUUCUAAGGCUAUUGAAUUUGGACUAUCUGUACUACACGCCAGAAUUCGAUGGUUUGAAAGCGUUUUACACCUGGCUUAUAAAUUACCAGUAAAACAGUAUAGAGAGAAGAGAACUAAUGAAGAAAAAACAUAUACAGGAAAAGAAACAGACUGCCAAAAGCCAAUUUCGGGAAUACCAAUGAUUGUAAUACUAGCCGAAGAUUCUUUGAAAACCCCCAUUAGCUGUGGACAUAACAAAAGUUGA